AUGCUCAUUAUCAUAUUUCUAGCAUAUGUAUCCUUCGUAACAUCAAAUAACUAUAUUGGUAUAUACCAAUCUCACAUUAUACACAAUGUAAAAAUAUCAUUUGCUGGUUUAGAUCCAUUUAGGUUACACUAUGAGAACAAUCGCACAAAAUUGUCUGAUUGGAAGCAGCAAUCUGAUGGAAUCUCACUCAUCAUAUCUCCUAGCACAUCUUCCUCAUCACACAUCAAGCUGUGGAGGCACAUGAUUAAGCUAUUUGACACCAUUCCAGCACAAAGCGUUGAUUACAACAUAGAACUGUCGGAAUGCCCUAAACCAUUGUACAUGAAUCAGUUAAACUUUUUUCAUCAAUGUAAAUCAGCUAAUACUAGUGCAAAUGAUGCUAGCGGAUCAAAAAAAGAUGACGAAUAUUUUUAUAGUUUAGAUGGCAUAAACUACAAGGAUAUCACAAAACAUGAAAUAACAGAUGAUGAUAGCAGAAAUCCCAUAACUUUUGGUUUCCAAAAAUCAUGUUUUCACGAUUAUACUAUUCAACCAUGGAUUUCUCAUUCGAAGUUUCAGAAUACUGAUCAUAUUCUUACAAAAUUUGAGGAUUUAAAUAUUUUCAAUAAAUUUUACAAACUAAUAUUGGUUCCUAAGUUAUUGGAGAUUAGGUAUAACUUUAACAAAAGAUUGAUCAAUUUAGCAGUCCAGGAAUUGGGAAAUAGUGUAAUCAUUACCGAGUUAUACUGGUUCAACAUACAAUACGACGGCACAAAAGUUACCAUUACAUUUCUAUCCAAAUUUAACACCCAAGAUACAGAGGCUUUGAAGCAAUUCAAGUUUGUGACCCAUGAUUUGGACAUUGUUUAUAACACUCAUAUAAGUGACAAGGGUGAGGGAUUUAUUCAUCAAUCAAUUACCGGUUCAGGGUCUCACAAACGGUUGAACAUCAAGCUUUCACAUACACACACUGGUAGAACACUGAAAAUUGUGCAUUAUUUGGACAAUUCUUUUUUUGUAGAUCCUGCUGAAGUUUUGGAUAUGACCAAUGAUUACCCAUUUAUACAUGAAAAUUGUAUCAGAAAUACUAGUAAACAAUUUGAUAACAUAAGAGUGAUUUCAGACAAUAUUGAGAAUAUGUUCAAUGAUUCCUCUGUUCAAAAAAUUGAAGUAACAAUUUGUCCACAAAAUAACAAUAUCGAAUAUUCGUUACCAAUACACGCCAGAUACAUGCCAAUUUGUAAACUUGGAAAAGAUUGCACUGGUUAUGAAUACUCGUUACUCACAGUGCCUAACGUAUAUUACUCUAGUAAUAUGAAUGAAGACAUUGUACUAUUUGACAAUAUUCAAUUGGCGCAAUUGCUAAAAUUUACAUAUGAGGUCUCAUUUAUAAAGUACAUGGCAAGUGGAAAAAUGCAAUCUUUAACCCAACACUUUGUUAACACAUUUAUAAAAGAUAUUGAUGACAGUAUAUAUUGGGGUAAAAUUGUAAUGGGAAAAAAAGAUACCCUCAUCUUCAAGCGAUUGAGUGUAAAUUAUGCAUUGAGAACACCCCCAAAUGCGGUUGAAUUUGAGGAGGAUAAUGGUAACAUUUACAGCGUAUCCACUCUAACGCGCGGUACAGAAAGCUAUUAUUUAUUAAUUACAUUAAUUACAAUUUUAACCUCACUCACCUUGACCACUUUUACUAUUGCCUUGUUAAUUAUAGGCAGUACUAGCUCCACAAGUUUCAUGUACAAGAUAACAGUCAAAAUGUUAUAUUUUAUUAAACAAAAUUCUUGGAACAUUAAAAUUCAUUCAGAGUAA